AUGGUUGUUGGAGGUUCAGUACAUUGGUGUCUUGGUCCACUUAUUAGUGAUGCAUAUAAAAAUUUUAUUAUUAAUGAUAAUAAUAAUGAAAAUAUUAGUCUAUCAAGAAGUUAUCCAUCAGUUAUGGUGGCUCCAUUUGAAAUAACGAAUAAAUGGAGAUACAUAGCACUAUAUUUAUUUGAAACAUUUGGCAUACUGAGUAGUGGAAUUGGAUUAAGUUGUUGUGAUAUUUUAUUCGUCACAAUUUUAAUACAUAUUCGUGGUCAUUUAUUACAUGAAGCUUAUGAAGACUAUUCAAAUGGCGCAAUGUUUGCUCAGUGUAUUGAAAAUGUUGUUGCUUUGUGUAUUGUUUCUUUACAAGUAUCAAUACUACCUUUUACGACAAAUCUUGAUUCUAUUCUUGAAUUAUCAAGUAUAAUUGAGUAUACAAUAGGAAUUGCUCUUGAAUUAUUUGUAUACUGUUAUUUGGGAACACAAAUUGAAGAAUUGGGACUCGAAGUUGGUGACUCAUUAUUUUCAUCAAACUGGGAACAAUUUGAAAUUUAUAAAAUUUUAACAUUCACAAUUAUGCGGACACAAGAACCAAUUUUAAUUACUGGUGGUCCUUUUUAUAUUAUGAAUUUAGCAACAUUCAAAAAUCUUGUGUACUUGUCGAUUUCAAACUCUGUUGUUCUUCGUCAACUACAAAUAGGAAAUUAA